CCGAGAAAACCUCUCUGGGGUAACACUAUCAGUCUUUGCUCGGGACUCCUCUGGGAUUUUACACUGUCCUCCAAGGAACUAGUGGCACUCUUUCCAACUGCCUUGACCCCUUUGCUAACUUGACAGCUCUUAGGUGAAAAGGUCAUAGGGCCCUUGUUUAGCCGUAACUGCAGUUCUAGGAUCAUCUUCACAUUGACCUACCCUGCUUGUGAAUCAUUUGCAACCAUGACAACCAAAUCCAACAGUAGUGUUCUGGGUGGCAAAGGUUCCUCCUCUCCUCUCUUGUCUUCUCCACCCCGCCAGCGCUUGGUCACCAAAGAUGGACAUUGUGCACUACGUCCUCCUCUGUGUACUUCAGGCUUGUGGCGUGGGGCCUCAGGCAGAGCCUGGCUACUUGCCCUGCAAGACCUGUGGGGACUAUUGGUUGGUCUGCGCUGGAGAUGGGUCCUACUGGCCUUCUGUGCCUCCUUCCUUGCUCACUGGCUGCUGUUUGCCUCCCUGUGGUACUUGCUGGCCCAUCUCAAUGGAGACCUGGCUGUCCAGGAUCACGAUGCCCCCCCACAGGGGCAUGUGGUUUGUGUGAAGCACAUAACCAGCUUCACUGCGGCCUUUUCCUUCUCACUGGAGACACAGCUGACCAUCGGCUAUGGCACCAUGUUCCCCAGUGGGGACUGCCCAAGUGCAAUAGCACUGCUAGCUGUGCAGAUGCUCCUAGGGCUCAUGCUGGAAGCAUUCAUCACAGGUGCAUUUGUAGCCAAGAUUGCACGUCCUCAGAAGCGAGCAGGAGCCAUUCAAUUCAGCCCCCAGGCAGUAGUGGGCCAACACCAAGGCCAGACAUGCCUCAUGCUACGAGCCACCAACCUGCUGCAGCGACCUCUGGUUGAUGUAAAGGUGAGUGCUGUGCUCUAUGAGGAGCAUGAAGGUCAAGCCCUGCAUCAGACAUCUCUGGACUUCCAUUUGGAUCAUCUGGGCCAGAAGCCCUGUCCUUUCUUCAUCUUCCCACUGACCUUUUACCACCCCCUAGAUCGUCGUAGCCCCCUCUAUCCCGCCCUCUGUGAAGGCAUGGCUAAGCACUUUGAGUUGGUGGUCUUCCUGUCAGCUUUACAGGAGGGAACUGGAGACUCCUGCCAGAAGAAGACCUCGUACUUACGCCAAGAAAUCCAGUUUGACCGCCGCUUUGUCCCCGCCUUGGGGCUGGAUGCUCGAGGGAGAUACAUGGUGAGCACCCAGAAUUUUGAUACAGCCCACUCAAAGGAGCCUUUGAACAAGGACUGUGUAGUGCAGAUCAAUGGUGAUGGCAGUGACAGGAUGGAGUAAGGAUGCUAAAGGGGAGGUCUCAUAGGUUUUUGAGGGAUAACUAGGGAGGGUAUCAGUGGGGCAGAUAUUUUUGUCUGGAAGUACUUGUUUAAACAUAAAUUCAGAUUUACUAAAUUAAAUAAUUUUAAAUUAAAUGUAUAUCAGACAUGGAUGCUGCUGUGGACCCUCAACGCCUCCCUCCAUUCAAAUGGAGCCCCUCGUGCAGCAUUCAAUGUAAAAUCCCCCACUGGCUUCCUACCAGUUCAGUUGUGUUCGUAAGAUGACUUUGAUCCAGCUAUAUUUGAAAAUAUUUAUCUAAUUUGU